AUGCCUAGACAGUUGUCAUAUCUGCUCCGCCUGGCGGAGCCUGACCCCCUCGCUUCCCACAGCCAGCGUCCACGGCGGACCGCGAAGACAAUUCAAUUCGACCUCUGGAAUGUUAAUCCCGCUCCUAGUAAGGUCUGCCCUAGAUGCGGCACCCCUGAAACCCAACCAUCUUCUUUCACAUCUGCGUUGCCAACUGGAGUCACAAACGGCGGUCGUGGCAGUGUAAAGCCCCGUGAUCAGGUGCGCGAGGCACCAAUAGUACGCAGAGUUAACAUCUCCACUUCUUACGGAGGCGGAACCACAUCUACAACGACCAAUAACACAAUCGACGCUUUCUCAGGGUUCCGAAAGGGAAGAUGGUCUCAAGAACAGCAAGAGAAAGAGGAAUACAUAGCAUCCCAACUGUCCAAGUCAGCUCCUCCGAAGGAGCAUCGGAAGCCAGAGGUAGAUGAAGUCCUUGCAUUAGAAGUUGAUCCACAAGUGGAGGCAGAGGCGAGUGUAGACUCGAAAUCAAAGAGAAUUAAGAAGAAAGGGAGAAGGAGAGAUGGUAAUGAUGAGGAGGGAGAAGUCCCCGUUUCACGUGUUUCAAACGACCUGGACUAUAAUCGUGAACUUGAGCGUGCUGAGCGCCGUCGACUCAAAGAACUGAAAAAGCAACAUGCAAAGGCAGCUAAAAAGGAAAUCGAGGCUCCUGCGCCGAUAUAUUUGCCCGAGUUUAUAACAGUCGGUAACCUUGCCGAUGUGUUGGGUGUUCGACCAGCCGAUUUCUUGAGCCGCCUGGCGGAUUUCGGGUUCGAAGAAGCCACAUACAGCCAUAUCUUAGAUGCCGAAACUGCAGGGUUAAUUGCAUCGGAAUUUAAUUUCACCCCUAUUAUCGACAAUGCUGGCGACGAUCUGGUAGCUGCUCCACCACCGCAGGAUACUUCAAACUUGUCACCGCGACCCCCGGUCGUCACUAUUAUGGGCCAUGUUGACCAUGGAAAGACUACCCUUUUGGAUUGGCUUCGCAAGUCAUCCGUUGUAGCAACCGAGCAUGGCGGGAUCACCCAGCAUAUCGGUGCAUUCUCUGUGACAAUGCCAUCCGGCAAAGUUAUCACCUUUUUGGACACGCCAGGGCACGCUGCUUUCCUCGACAUGCGUCGACGAGGGGCGAAUGUAACGGACAUUGUCAUCCUUGUUGUAGCUGCUGAUGACAGUGUUAAACCGCAAACCAUCGAAGCUAUCAAGCAUGCGAAGGAGGCGAACGUCCCUAUCAUUGUUGCCAUUAACAAAAUCGAUAAGCCGGACAUCAACGUUGAAAGAGUGAAACAAGAUCUUGCUCGGAACAACGUCCAUGUUGAGGAUAUCGGUGGUGAUGUUCAAGCUAUAUGCGUCAGCGGAAAAACCGGGCAAGGCAUGCUUGACCUGGAAGAGGCUACGGUGACAUUGUCGGAAAUGCUUGACCACCGGGCUGAGAGAGAUGGCAAUGUUGAAGGAUGGGUCAUCGAAGCGACUACGAAAAAAGGUGGUCGUGUAGCUACUGUUCUCGUUAAACGGGGAACGCUAAAACCUGGUGAUGUCGUCGUCGCCGGCACUACUUGGGCUAAAGUCCGAACGCUGAAAAACGAAGCGGGAGUAAUAAUUCAAGAAGCUCUCCCGGGUACUCCAGUUGAAGUUGACGCUGAGGAGGACGAAAGAGCCCAGUCCGCCGCUGAUGCUGAUUCUGGUCCGAAGGGCGUACCAUUCCUCAUCAAAGCUGAUGUCUCGGGUUCUGUUGAGGCCCUGGUCAACUCUGUUUCUGCGCUCGGCAACAGCGAAGUAUACGCACGCAUUUUGCGGUCUGGUGUAGGCCCGAUAAGUGAAUUUGAUAUCCAACAUGCUGCUGUUGCGAAGGGCCACAUCAUCACUUUCAACAUGCCUGUGGAUCCAUCAAUGGCUCGAAUGGCAGAGGCAGAAGGGGUCAAGAUCAUGAACCACAACAUCAUUUAUGAGUUAAUUGAUGAUGUCAAGUCGAAACUUAGCGAUCAUCUUUUACCCACAAUCACUCAACAUGUCACUGGAGAGGCGGAGAUAGGUCAGAUUUUCGAAAUAUCAGGCAAAGGCCGCACGAAGAUUGCCAUUGCGGGUUCCAGGGUUCGGAACGGCCUAAUUAGCCGCUCGCAUAAAGCCCGUAUCCUUCGUGACAAAGAAGUCAUCUAUGACGGUAUAAUCACCUCUCUCAAGAACGUGAAGAAGGACGUCACAGAGAUGCGGAAGGGUACUGAAUGUGGCAUCGCAUUUGAUAAUUGGAACGACUUUAGAGUCGGUGACCACGUCCAAUGUUACGAAGAAAAGUCCGAAAAGCGAAUGCUAUGA